CACGCAGCGGCAGGCAAAACGCACGGCGCAUGUUGCGCGCCCCAGCAGCCACUCAGGCGACUGGCGUGAACGCGUAACGCCACACAGACACGCAGGGCAACGACGCACGCGCGGGGGCAGCCCGAGGACAACCUAAAGACUGGCCCACAGCGCACAGCGCACGCACCUCCGAGACUCACGCGCCGCGCCGAACAGCAUCGACACGACAACACAAUGGCCUACGACCAGACCGACGAGGCGAGCGUCGCCGCCCUCGAUAGGAUCAUCGGCGCGGACCCCGACAACGCCGGCGUCCGCGCCCAAUUGCAAGAAACAAUAUGGUCCUCCCCUAAGUUAUUAUUGACGGGCAUCGAGGAGCAGGCCCAAACUCUAGGUAUUACGGACCCCAACUACCUCUGGAUCGCCGCCCGGUCGCUCCUGUCGCCGUUACCGGAAGGUUGGGCGCAGUACAAGGACCAGAACGGGAGCCCCUACUACCUGAACGAGCGCACGGGCGAAAGUAGGUGGGAGCACCCCCUCGACGACCACUACGUGGCCAUGUACCGGUCGUAUGUUGAUAGGCCGCGCGACGCGCCGCCGACGCCGCGCUUAGGCUACGAGGGGCCGACGCCUCGAGGGCCGGUACCGGAGGAGAAUGGGCGGUUGGUCGACUCGUCGCCGGAGCGCAGCCGCUUCACGGGCCGCGGGCCGAAGGACGCGUCCGCGACGGUCGGCGGCGCGCGGCGCGUCUCCAGUAGUACGCGGCGCGCGCGGCGGGAGGGCUCGUCCGGCGCGUCCGCGUCGCCGGAGCCCCGGAUCCGGCGCCGAGGCGACGCGUCGUCGCCCGAGCCGCGCCAAGGGCGCCGCGGCCGCCAAGGGAGCGGGAGCGAGCGGGACGAGCCUCGGAGCGCCCGCAAGGGACGCCAGGGCUGGGGGGCGCCGACGAGCGGGAGCGAGCCGGACGAACGCGGCGAGCGCCGCGGGAGCGCCACCAAGGGAGAAGCGCCGCGAACGGGCCGCCUCUUCGCGCUGCCGUCCGAGAGGCGCGCCGCGGCGGCGGGCCGCGUCCGGUCGGGCCUCACGUCGUCGUCGUCCUCCGGGGAGGAUGAAGAGCCGUCCGGGCGGCGGCGGCCCGCAGCACGCGGACGGGAGGCGACGCAGAGGACGCCGCGCCGGCACUCGUCAUCGUCCGAGGGCGAGGAGCGCACGGCGACCGCGUCGGCGGCGCGGCGCGACGCGCACGCGUCGGCGCGGGCCGCGGACGACCGCGGAACGGCGUCGUCCGAGGCGCGUCGGAGCGCCCCAAAAGCACCGGCGGACGACCCCGACGCCGUCCUCGACCGCCUCGACGAGGUCCUCGCGAGCGACGUGAGGGACGGGAAGUGGACCGACCGCCUCCUGGGCGUCCUCGAAUUGCAUUCUGUCUUCUCGGAGCAUAAUUCUCAGGUCCGCCAGGCCACCGAGAAGCUGAAACGCAAUGAUCGGGCCGUCGCCGACGCGGAGCGCCGCGCGGACAAGCUCAAGGACAAGCUCAAGCACAUGAGGGACGAGGUCGAGGCUGAAACGAGACGGCGCGAGGACGUCGAGAGGCGAUUGAGCGAGGCGCUCUCCAAAGGUUCCGGCGACGACGUUGCUGCUUUACAAGAGCAGCUCCGCAAGGCCGAACAGCGGGCGCAGCGCGCCGCCGAGGAGUUAGGAAGGAGGGUGCGGACGAAAUCACAAAGAGAGGACUCGGACCAGUUGGUAGACGCGCUCCGGACGAUCGACGACCUCGAGGACAAGCUGGCGGGAGCGCUGUUGGCGGGCGAGGCGCUGCAGCGGCAAUGUGACGCUUCAUCAAAACCGGUCGAGUGCGACGCUGAUCUUGUGAGGGCGCGCGACGAAGCGUUGGAUAGGAUCGCGUCGCUCGAGAGCGCCCUCUCUUUGUCAAAAACUGAAAGGGACGCCGCCAAGGCCUCACUCUCGGAUCGCGUCGAGGAGACGCGGACGCAGCACCAGCGGUUGUUGGACGCCGAGGGUCGCUGCGACGCGCUGAUCGCGGAGAAGGCCGACGAGGCGCGUCGGCGGCGCCGAGAUGUGGACGAAGCCCGGGCCGAGGCCUUCGAGGCGGAGCAGCGGUGCACGGCGCUCAAAAAUCAACUAAGACGGCUCGAGGAGCGGCCUGGACAGGACGAUGCGCGGCUGAAGCGACUGGAGAAGCGAGCGGAGGAGCUCGACGCGGCGCGGGCCCGCGAAGCAGCGAGAGCUGACGAAGCCUUGAAGCGGGAGGACGACCUACGGUCGGCGCGGGAUGCGGCGCGGGCCCAGGCCGCCGCCGCGGAGGCGGCGGCGGAUGCCAGGAGAGCGGACGUCCAGGCCAUCUCGCUGAGCCGCGACGCCGCCGAGGCCGAGGCCGAGGAGAAGGGCGCGGCCGACGCCCGUAAAUUAAGACAGGAACUGGAGAGCGUGCGCGAGGCGAACGCGCGGUUCGUCGACGCGUCGCGCACGCGUUGUGAAAGAGCAGAGUUCCACGCGAGUGAAGCGGCGCGGUCGGAGCAGGAAGCUAGAAGGGACGCCGAUGCGUUACGGGAGAAGUGCGAUUCACUGAUAGAGGAGAAUCGGCGGCUCGACCAACGGCUGGACGCCAAAGACGACCAAAUGAAACUGUGGAGGAGGGACGCGGACGAACGUUGUGUAGCGGACCUGACGGCCUUCGCCGCCUGCGCGCGGCUCUGGCGCGUAUCAUUACAACAGAGCGAGGUCGACCGCCACGCGUUGCAACGCAUGGAGGCGGAUGUCCUCAGCGCGAGGUCCGUGGCCGAGGCCGAGGUCAUGUCCGCGCGGCACGACGCGGAGCGAGCGUCGAAGCAGCGCGAGGACGCGCUCCUUGAGGUGUCUGAGCUGCGCAAACGAUUAGAAGAUCAACGCGAUAGAAACGAGGAGGCCGCCAAGGCCUCGCUGACGCAAGUUGCUUCCAGUGAAGCCCACGUCGCUAAAUUAGAUGCGCAGCUGUCGACUGCGACGGCGCGCAACAAGACGCUGGAAGACGAGGUUGAGACUUUGGAACGGAAGGGUUUGGAGCUCACGAAGCAGCUUGACGAGGCGACGGCGCGCGUCGAGCGGGACGCGGAAAAAAGAAUCCGCGACGAAGGCACGCUACGGAACGACGUCGACGAGGCUAAUAAUCUACGCAUCCAGGCGGAAACUUUGAGAGAUGACUAUGAACGGCAGUGUAGAGAGCACGAGGUGGAAAUUGAACAUCUUAGGUCCAGACUCGACCAAUCGGAGGCGGAUCUGGAGAGGUUAAGGAGCGUGAACGAGCGGACGGAGGAAAGGUUAAGGGGCGAGUUACAUGAAGCGCGAGCCGAGAGCCGGGACGUGUCUUCCAAACGUAGUCAAGAGCUGAAUGAAGCGGUGGAAGCAUUACAAUUGAGACUCGAGCAGGCCGAGGCGGCCAAGCAGACGGCGGUGGCGGAGCUCGAGAAAAGUAGGGGCGACGCGCAAAGCGAGCUCGACAAGGAGCAGAUGAAGGCCGAGGCCGAGCUGAAAAUCGCGCUGGCGGACUCGGAGGCUCUGCGAACGAAGCUGGGCGAGGUCGGGCCGAGUCGAGAAGAGCUGAACGAGGCCAGGGCCAGGGCCAAGGACUUUAGAGAAAGGUACAUGAAUGAAAGGAAGUUGAGGCGGAAGCUCACGGACGAACUCGCGGAGCUCAAGGGCAACAUCAGGGUCGUCGCGCGGUGCCGGCCCCCGAAUGAUGAUGGCAGUUCGGUCGUAGAGUUCCCGAGCGGGGCUGACGGCGCGUUAGAGGUCGUCAACGACCACGGCCUGACGCAGCGCUUCGAGUUCGAUCGCGUGUUUAGGCCUGGUUCGACGCAAUCGGACAUCUUUGAUCAUGUCGCUCCCGUGAUCCAGGGCUGUUUUGAUGGGGUCCACGCGUGCAUCUUCGCCUAUGGCCAGACGGGGAGUGGGAAGACGCAUACGAUGGAGGGGCCUCCGUCGGACCGAGGCGUGUACUUUCGCGCGCUUUCCGAGUUAUUUCAUGGGAAGCCUGCAGAUAUGGAAUUAUGCGUGAAGCUCAGUAUGCUGGAAAUAUAUAAUGAAACGCUGAUAGAUUUACUGACGGACAAGCGCAUGAAGCUGGAAGUCAAGAGGUGUUCAGAUGGUACUCAUGAAGUGCAAGGGCUUCAUCGGGUAUCCGUCGCGUCUCUCGAAGAAGUGCAGCGCCACGUCGAGAGCGGUUCCAAAAGAAGACAGACGGGCGCCCACGACCUCAACGAUCGAUCAUCAAGAUCCCACCUCAUUUUAAGUCUGGACGUCGAGUGCAAGAGGCAAGGCGAGGUCCUUUCCUCGAGAUUGAAUCUCGUGGAUUUGGCCGGGUCGGAACGUUUAUCAAGGACGGGCGCCACGGGGGAUCGGUUGAAGGAGGCCCAGUCGAUCAACAAGUCGCUGUCGUCGCUCGGAGACGUCGUCAAUGCUCUAGCCAAGAAGACGCAAUGUCACGUGCCCUACCGCAAUUCGAAGCUCACCUACCUACUGCAGGACUCUUUAUCACGAGCCGCCCGGGUGCUCAUGGUCGUGAACAUCUCGCCGCUGGAAGCGGACGCGUCCGAGACGAUCUGCUCGCUCGCCUUCGCGGCGCGGUGCCGCGACGUGGAGCUGGGGGCGGCGCUCGCGCGGCCCGAGGCCGCGGAGCUCAUGCGGGCGAAGCAGGAGAUCCGGGCGCUCAAGGCGCGGCUGGAUCGGUUGGCGCUCGCGGCGAAGUAGUUCCUUCGUGGCCUUAGCUGCUGCGCGGAGGCGUCCCGACGACGCCGCCGCGGUUGGUGCGGGCGCGGCUCAGCAUGUAAAGAUUGUGUGCUAUUUGAACACAGUACUCUUAGGCGCGCGGUGCGUCU